AUGGAUGAGAGUUUGGUACCAGUUGUCGUGCGGAGUUUGACGGGCGAUAUCUUGCUUGAAUUGAGGAUGGAGGACGGCACAACAUUGAGACAGCUCGCCAAGAAAGUCAGGAAUCUGAAGGGAGAGGGGAGCUGGCUGGGCGUUGCAUUCAUGUGCGAUGGUGAGCUGAUGGCCAACAGCAGCACGAUUGCAAAUGUGCUUGCCAACAUGGAAGAAGCUGAACAAGCCGACCUUACAGCCAUCGUGGGAGAAACGUCUCUCGCCGAUGUUAUGCACGAGUGUAGUCUGGUAUUUCUGGAGAGAGCGGGCCUAGAGGUCUCUGAAGAGGACUUUCUACUCGAAGGGCUGAACAGCUUCGGCCACCUUCAGCUGCGUGACUAUCUCGAGCGACACUUCGAUGUGAGCCUGGCGCCCACUGUUAUGUAUGACUUCCCCACGUUGAAGCAGGUGUCUGAGCACAUCCACCGCAUUCUCCUGCAGCCAGGCUCGUGA